ACAUCCCGUUUUGUGCACAAAAUAUUUCGUGAUAAUUUUGAAUAAAAUUGUGUUAAAUCUACAGUAAUAUUAGGCACAGGAACGCAGCAAAUAUGAUCGAGAAAGUGGUGCCGUAUUUUCUGUUAUGGACCAUGACUGCAGGUGCAGACAAUAAGUUCUUUCGUCCAACGAUAGAGCCCUACAAUGUGACUCGCACAACGCCAAUCGGGAUCGCAGCAUACCGAUCCGCGUUAACUCUGGAUUGGCUAGCAGCCGAAGACAACAGGCAACGGGAGCUGGUGUCAGCAUUCGAAUCUCAACCGAUGUUAUCGAAUAAAUUGAUCAACGGCGAUUGUAUUCAGUAUCCCCGACCUUCUGCUGGGACAAUCGCCCGACUGAUGUUGGAAAUGCUCAAAAAUUUAGAAGGCGAUUCAGACAUUAGAUCUAUUAUUCAUGAGCUAUUACAAUCCCUAAUACGAGCAAAGCUUUUAAAACUUGAAUCAUUAGUGUACGAAAAUGAACCAGAUCUGGAUGCAUUGAUGAAAACACCAAUAGAGCUUGCUGGGGAGCCUCACGUCACCCUCCCGAGGUUGAUAGCUAUCGCUUGGAUGGCCAUCACUGAUCCCGCCACUGUUAAGAAACAUGGAUGGUGUACUAUUAACCGAAUAUCCAAAUACGUGAACUUCGCACGUCCAUCGGAUAUUGCAAAACACAUGCGUGCGGCGGAACCUAUUAUCUCACGCGCACGCUACAUCAUGGAGGAAUUCAUACAUCAUCUGACACCGUUAAAUUUGAUGAAAAGUUCAUCUUCCAGUGUUGCUACGACAAGAAAGUUCAGGGCUAUCAUUGGCAGACCUCGGAGUAAAUAUGCGCCUACAGUCAAGACUACCAUAAGCAGAACCCGGAAUGAAUAUACACCUAUCGCCAAGACAAGACCCACAAGAGGUCUACGUUUAACGUCAGUACUACAGCAACUGGUGCUGAGCAAUGUGACGCCAAGUGCAUUAAACCUGGUGCGCCUGAAGACCACUGUCACAAAUGAACUAAUGGACUAUGAUGUGAUGUAUGGAGGUGACGAUGUCAGUGUCAAGUUCAAGAUAAUAUAUUUAUUGUUACCUGUUUUGCUUUGGCCAUGUGCAUGUCAAGACGCAGACAUUCUGGGGAUCGGGAACGUGGGACCCGACCUGUCCAUCGAUAAUCAAGAAUGGCAUUACAAGAGUACCAGUAAAAGACCAGCUGAAGAAUUGGAGAAAGUCUGCUUCGACAUUCAUCCCACUGCCAGGGAUAUUGUGAAACGAUUCUAUGCCAUUUUACCUUAUUUUGAUAAAGAACACGCGAACAAGGCAUUUCUGCAUAAGUUCCGUGGUACUGUGAAUGUGAUGUCGCAGACCGAGGACCUACUGGACAGGGAAGCCGCGUUUUACGCUACGGUGCUGACGCCAAUCAUCUUUCUUCAGUCUUAUCGGCAUACUUGGUGCCUUCUUGAACGGGUGCGGAGUUUUAUCCUGGACAUGCCGGGUUCCUGGGCAUCCACAAAACGCACCACGUCCAUCAACAGCGAUUUUGACGACGAGGAGAUUCGCGACAAGAAAGACAUCAGAUACCUUAAAGAGCUGAUUAGAAAUCUUGGUUAA